AUGCUGCGUUUGAUCACCUCGUGGAGUUCUGGGUCUCGGCAGGUUGUCGACGGAUGUGUCGAACGAGAGGGGUCGCAUUUCAAAUGCAAUGGGAAUGCAGAACGAGUAUGCGAGAUAGGAUGGACGGGCGACAUGUGCGACGUUCCGAUUUGUCGGCCAGGAUGCGAUCCUUUGCAUGGAUAUUGCCAUAAGCCCGGGGAAUGCGUUUGCAAACUGGGUUGGCGCGGGGAUUUGUGCAACGAAUGCAUGACGCUGCCUGGUUGCAUUCACGGCACCUGCGAUGUCACUUGGGAGUGCAAUUGCAAGCCGGGUUGGGACGGAUUGUUCUGCAACCAGCCAAAGUGCAAGGAAGGCUGUCACACAACCCGAGGCUACUGCGAGAAACCUGAAGAAUGCAAUCUGCGACGUUCGCCUCGCAUGAAUGAUCGCGACGCGGGCUGUCAAAGUGUCGCGAUUACGAGUCGGCAAAGGCGUUUCAGGAUCAGCAUACGUAUUACACAUACCACUCAGAACCCGGGCCGAGAUCCCGAAACUCCGCCGAAAAGCAGCAAUUCUGACUUGACUCGCGUGUUUGACGUCGCUGCUCGGUUCGACACAACCAGCCCGCCGCAUGUGGCCAACAACAAUGCCACUCUCGCACUAAGCUGCGGCUUCCGUGAAUAA